UGUGAUAUAAAGUCAAAGAUUAUAUCAGAUAUCUCUUCAAUUCUGAAGAGAUUUGAUGAAGAUUUUGAAGCUUUUUUGUAUCAUGCAGUUGAGAACUUCAUAAGAGAAAAAGAUAUAAAAGAAUAUUUCAGAUCUACUUAUAUAGAAUAGUAUUAUAAUAAUUAGAAAGAUUCAGAUUACAAUUCAUUAUAAUAUAAAUUUAGAAGUGAAAGUAGUAUGAGAUCUGUUCUCAUCACUAUAAAUAGUGAAUAAAGAUGAUUUGAAUUUCUGCAAUUUUAUCUGUUAUAAUGGACUUUUUAAUCCAUCUCUUAUAAUUUGAAAUAUACUCUUGUCAAUAUUCAUAUGAAGCAACUGUUCCCUUGUCAAUCAAUUGAAGUAUUCAUCAAAUUGAGGUAUUGGACUGCUUUGAAUUGGAGAUGGAACAGUGGAUUCGAUGGAAGAUUCAACGGUGGAUUCGAUGGAAGAUUUCAACAGCGGAUUCGAUGGAAGAUUCAACGGCGGAUUCGAUGGAAGAUUUCAACGGUGUAUUCGAUGGAAGAUUCAACGGCGGAUUCGAUGGAAGAUUUCAACGGCGGAUUCGAUGGAAGAUUUCAACGUGUAUUCGAUGGAAGAUUCAACGGUGGAUUUGAUGGAAGAUUUCAACAGUGUAUUCGAUGGAAGAUUCAACGGCGGAUUCGAUGGAAGAUUUCAACAGUGUAUUCGAUGGAAGAUUUCAACAGUGUAUUCGAUGGAAGAUUCAACGGUGGAUUUGAUGGAAGAUUUCAACAGUGUAUUCGAUGGAAGAUUCAACGGUGGAUUUGAUGGAAGAUUUCAACAGUGUAUUCGAUGGAAGAUUCAACGGCGGAUUCGAUGGAAGAUUUCAACAGUGUAUUCGAUGGAAGAUUCAACGGUGGAUUUGAUGGAAGAUUUCAACGGCGGAUUUGAUGGAAGAUUCAACAGCAGAUCUGGAUGUGGAUGAUAAUGAGAUUGUGAAUUCAGUUCUUCUAUUCCUUUCAUCAUAUAUUUCAUCAUCAUCACAUUGAUUAUCUCACUUGAGAAUGUCAUAUUGAAUGAAGUUGAAGCUGCCAGAGCUGAAGAAGAGAAUAUAAUCACUGACAUUUGAGAGAUCUGUAUAGAAGAAUUGAUUGUAGAAAUUAUAGAUUCAUUCUUCUAAUUCUUCUUCUUCUUUCUACUCAUUAAUCAUUUUAUCAUCUCUCUUGUUCUUUAUCUCAUUGAUAAUCACCCGUUCAUACAAUCUGUAUGAGAUGUCAGACUCA